UUCACAAUUCACAAUUAUUCGGUUAACAAGACCUAAAAAACUUGAAGGAAAACAAACCGAAUGGGCUGAGAAUCUUGGCAUGAAUCAAAUUUGUAGAAACAUGUUGUUAUCCUAUGUAUGAAGAACACAAAACUCCACGCCAUCUUGUCACUUGAUCCCAACAAUGUUGUCUGGGUCUUUUAUGACCCACUGUAUACUAGACUAUGAUAAUCUCCAUAGCAAGCUUCAUUUAAAAUCACAGCUGGGUUAUGUUUCAAAGAAGAAAUUGAACCAAUUUUCAUCAUCAAGUUUUGAUUUUGGAAGACCCCUUGUUAGCAUUCUACCCAAUUCUCCAUUUGCUAAAAACCCCAUCAUUUCUCAUUCUUUGAGUCAACAGGAAGAUGAUGGUGAGCCUCCAUCCGAAAGAUCAUCAGCAGUGGCAGGAGGUAUAGUAGCUCUGGGGAAGUUUGAAGCUCUUCACAUUGGUCAUCGUGAACUUGCAAUACAAGCAUCAAGGGUUGGAAUUCCAUUUCUUCUAUCAUUUGUUGGAAUGGCUGAAGUGCUCGGUUGGGAAUUUAGGGCUCCUAUUGUGGCCAAAUGUGACCGUAAGAGGAUUCUUUCGUCAUGGGCUCCAUACUGUGGUAAUGUGACUCCCACUGAGUUUGAGGUUGAUUUUUCAAAAGUUCGAUCUCUCACUCCUCGUCAGUUUGUUGAAAAGUUAUCAAAGAAUCUUGGAGUACGUGGUGUUGUUGCAGGAAAGAACUACAGAUUUGGUUACAGAGCUUCCGGUGAUGCGUCAGAGCUAGUAAAUUUAAGCGAGAAGUAUGGUAUGGAGGCUUACAUUAUCAACUCUGUCAUGGACAAAGAACAAGACUCAAGAGUCAUAGGUCCUGAUAAUCCAAAGGAGCACGGACAAGUUUCAUCUACCCGUGUUCGUUAUGCUCUUGGUAGGGGAGAUAUGAAAUAUGUCUCGGAGCUGUUAGGUCGACAACAUCGCCUUAUGUUGAUGAUGAAUGAUAAGGAAAGGUUUGCUAGAGUAAACAAUAGGAUUUCAGCUUCAAAUUCUUGUAUAUUAAAUCUCUCGCCAAAAGUGGGUCUGUAUGAGAAUUGCUCAGUUGUGAUAGGUGACGAGAAUUUUGUACCAUGUUUAGUAACCAUCGAUACUACACAUAUUCAUCUGGAAAUGGAUGACGUAGAAACAUGUAUUCUUAUAGUAUCUCAAGACGUUUCCCUCUUGGGUAUUGACUUUGGUGGCUAAGAAUUUGAUAAUGUUCAAGUAUUUCUUACUUCUGAUUAUUAUUCA